GUUGGGUAACUGGGGAGUUUCUUAUUAUUACAGUCUAUUAAAAUAGGACACUUGAGAACAGGGGACCUCCUGUUUGAAGCUUGACUGCCCACCAGAAAGUACUGCUCUUUGAGUGAGCUGGACUUCUUCCCCUGGAGAGAGAACUGAAGGCUGACAGACUCCGCCCCGCUUCAGCCUGCAUCAUGUGGAACAACUCUGAUGCCAACUUCUCCUGCUACCACGAGUCUGUGCUAGGCUAUCGUUACGUUGCAGUUAGCUGGGGGGUGGUGGUGGCUGUGACAGGCACCGUGGGCAACGUGCUCACCCUGCUGGCCUUGGCCAUCCAGCCCAAGCUGCGUACCCGCUUCAACCUGCUCAUCGCCAAUCUCACAGUGGCCGAUCUCCUCUACUGCACCCUUCUCCAGCCCUUCUCGGUGGACACCUACCUCCACCUGUACUGGCGCACCGGCGCCACCUUCUGCAGAGUCUUUGGGCUCCUCCUCUUUGCAUCCAACUCUGUCUCCAUCCUCACCCUCUGCCUUAUAGCCCUGGGACGUUACCUCCUCAUUGCCCACCCUAAGCUCUUUCCCAAAGUUUUCAGUGCCAAGGGGACAGUGCUGGCACUGGUGGGCACCUGGGUGGUGGGUGUGGCCAGCUUUGCCCCUCUCUGGCCCAUCUAUAUCUUGGUGCCCGUAGUUUGCACCUGCAGCUUUGACCGCAAGCGAGGCCGGCCCUACACCACCAUCCUCAUGGGCAUCUACUUUGUGCUUGGGCUCAGCAGCAUCGGCAUCUUCUACUGCCUCAUCCACCGCCAGGUGAAGCGAGCAGCACAGGCUCUGGACCAGUACAAGCUGCGCCAGGCAAGCAUCCGCUCCAACCAUGUGGCUGGGACAGAUUACGCCAUUCCUGGUCGUUUCCAAGAGCUGGACAGCGGGCUGGCAUCAGGAGGGCCCAGCGAAGGAAUUUCUUCUGAGCCAGUCAGUGCUGCCACUACCCUGGAAGGGGACUCCUCAGAAGUGGGGGACCAGAGCAACAGCAAGGUAGCUAAGCAGAAGGCAGAGAAAAGCUCUCCAAGAGCACCUGCCAAGGCCAGGCCAACUAAAGGAGCCCAGAGAGCUCAGGACUCACCAUCAGACUUUGGGAAGGUGACUCAGAUGUGUUUUGCUGUGUUCCUUUGCUUUGCCCUGAGCUACAUCCCUUUCUUAGUGCUCAACAUCCUGGAUGCCAACACCCAGGCCCCCCGGGUUGUCCAUAUGCUUGCUGCCAACCUCACUUGGCUCAAUGGUUGCAUCAACCCUGUGCUCUAUGCAGCCAUGAACCGCCAGUUCCGUCAAGCCUAUGGCUCCCUCCUAAAAAGAGGGCCCCAGAGUUUCCGUCGGUUCCAUUAGAACUGUGUCCCCAGUCACCAGAAUCUGGGACUGUCUCCUCCAGAACU